UCCCUCACACAACAUGGACCCCGAGCAACAGACCGUCCCUCUGCCCCAGCCCAGCGCGGACUACUUUUCGUGGGACUACCGCCUUCAGCUCAUCGGCCUGGGCUUUGGCUUCUACGCGGGGAUAUUCCUCCUCUCCCACCUCCUGUCCGUGGCGCUGUCCCGCACCUACAGCUCCCUGAUAGCCAAGGAGAAGGUUUUCUGGAACCUCGCCGCGACUCGCGCGGUGUUUGGCAUCCAGAGCACCGCGGCCGGUCUCCGGGCCCUGACCGAGGAGGACUCUGCGUUAACCAGGGACCGAGUGAGAGGACAGGAAGACUGGUCGUGGUUCAACGUCCUCACAGCCACGGGGUUCUUCGUGUUUGAGAAUGUAGCGCUCCACACCUCCAGUGUGGUGUUUCGGUCCUUUGACCUCCCGCUGGCGACGCACCAUUUCUUCGCCCUGUCGGGGUUCGCGUCGGCGGUGGUUUGGGACUCCUCGGGCCACUUCCUGUCGAUGGUGACGCUGCUGCUGGAGAUGAGCACGCCAUUCACCUGCAUAUCCUGGAUGUUACUGAAGGCCGGCUGGGCACGCACCCUGUUUUGGAGAGCCAACCAGUGGGUGAUGAUCCACUCGUUCCACUGUCGCAUGGUGCUCACCUACUACAUGUGGUGGGUGUCCCUGACCCACUGGGGAGAGCUCAGCACCCACGUGGCCCUUCCCACGCUCCUGAUCUUCUUCAUCGGCCUCGUCCUGCUCACGUUUAUCAUCAACCCCGUCUGGACGCACAAGAAGACCAUGCAGCUGCUCAAUCCGGUGGACUGGAACUUCACCGACAAGCCCGCCCCCCUAAACGGAGCCCCGGAGGGUCAGUCUGCGGUUCCUGUCAAACCCCACGCCAGCUGAUGGGGAACUGAGGAAGACGUUUUUAAUGAGAGCUUGUUACUUUUAGAGUGAUAGAAGUACGAUUGGUGUUUAUUCUUUUAUGAAGCGUUUUUAUACACACGUUCCUUGAGUGAACUUUGCUAUUCAGGAAAGCACUAACAGGAACUCUUGAUCACGUUUGCCACAUUGUCUUCCCUCAGGCUUAACUUGCAGAUUGGUUUAUUUUAGAUUUUCCACCUGGUUAGCUUAUCUUUUAAUAGGUUUGGUUGCAUCACCUUCGGUACACUGUGUUGUGAAAUAUCCAGUUUGCCAAUCAUGUCUUUGGUUAUUUAUUCACAACAAAAUGCACGAGAAAGCGCUUCUUACAGGAGCCAUUGAGCGCAAACCUGCAAAUAUAAAGUCCUGUUUAUCAAAAAACAACAACAGAGGAGUCUUAAUACUUUCCGAUGCCACUCUAGAUAGAUACUUUAUUAAUCCCACAAGGGGAAAUUAUUUUGCUACCGCAGCAUUUAUAGGUACUCUACGCCAACAGUAUUGAAAGGUAGGUGUGUGUGUGUGUGUGUGCGCGUGUGUGCGCGUGUGUGUUUUAUGAGGGAGAGAGAUGUUAAACUCUCUCAGUAGACAUGGAACAGCCCUGUCACAGUGUGGCCUUUGUCUUACACAGGUCCAGUGGCACAUUUAUAACAGACGCUGUUGUUCAGCAGGAAAAUUGGUUUACGUUUAAAGAAGGAGGUUCCAUCGGUUAGUCAUUGAAGCUAUUACAUACUUAAGUGCACAAUUGGAUCAGUCCACUCAUGAGUCACAUUGGUGUUUUUGGACUGUGGAUCCUCUCUCAGCAGAGAGGGGAAUGUUGACCGUGGUCCUGAAAGAAAAGGCCUUCAACACAAUCGUCUUUAUUUGUGGAAGAAGCUGCCGGACUGGUCCCGCUCCAUAGAGGCUCCUUUGUUCAAAAUGGAGAUGUAAUGUUGCAUAACUGAAGCUGUUUACUGGUUAACCAAGGUAUUUGUUAAUCAUGAGGAUAUUCUUUUGGUGUUGCUGUACGAGUCAAAUUAAGUUUUAUUUCUACAUAUGCAAAACUUAAAUAAUGGUUUUCACACAAUGACCUCACUGUACUGGAAGCCUUGGUGUUGGGUGUGUCCAUUGUUUUAUAUCUGAAGUUUUAGUUUCAUUGUCACUCUGCUGAAAACUGCCCGAACCUGUUUCAGAUUCUCACAUUUUACAAACCGUGUUUUAGCUUCAACAGCAUUGUAGCGCAUAUGUAUGAGCCCUAGAAUUUAGACAUUUAAUUUCGGUUUGAAGACAUUGUUACCAUUAGUAUUGAUCUAAAGUAGCUUGUUGAGGAUAUAAACCAACAGCCCGGGGGCUGACUCAUCAACACUUUCCACAUAACUUACCGCCGUUUUGCUUUUAUGUACACCGUACAACCUCAGUGACCUAAUCAACACAAAUACGUUUGAAGCAAAUGUAUUUAUAACAUUUAAAGGUGUUUUCAUCUUCCAUUCAUAAACAAGUAUUUCUCCUCUAACUGUACAUUUGAACACACUUUAUUAUUACUAAUAAGAGAGGGUUUGAUUUUCACUUUGGAAUGAAGAUCUAAGGUUUAACAUGCUGUAUGUUUUGGGAAAUGCUUUAAUAUGGGUCUCAGAAUAAAAUGUUUGCUGUAAUAU